ACACGCUACAGUAGAUUUGCCGCUGACAAUUCAUAUAAGACUUUCGGCCUUUGAAUUCUUCCCGUUCUUGCUUACACUGGAAUGGAUGGUCCUACUUAGAAUUCCAAACCUAAACAGUGGAUUAAAGGAGCUCUACCAGCGGUGCUGACAGGGAGGGUGCUGGAGGGCGCAGCCGAGCGGCUCCCAACAUACCUACCGCUGACGCCGGCGGUGGGGUCGUCCUCACGCGGGCGCGCGGGCCUCGCAUCCACCAACUCAGCGGUUGCUAUCAGCAGCCCCUGAGCCUGACUGCAAGCACCACCAGCAGCCUCAGGAGCCGCAUCACACACCACACAGCAGCCGCGGCGUGUGCGCAGCUAAGCUGACUACCUAAGCGCCAUGGAGAUAUACCACCAGUACAUCAAGCUGCGCAAGCAGUUCGGGCGCUGGCCCAAAUUCACAGAUGAGGGCAGCGAGAUGCUCGCCGACAUCCGGCCGAACGAGGACCACGGCCGUGAGUACAUCCCGCGCAACCCUGUCACCACCGUGACACAAUGCGUGCCGGAAAUGUCGGAACACGAAGCUAAUACCAACGCGGUCAUCUUGGUCAACAAGGCCAUGAGCCACGUGGAGGGCGGCUGGCCCAAGGAUGUGGACUACACGGAAGCGGAGCACACCAUCCGCUACCGCAAAAAGGUCGAGAAGGACGAGGACUACAUCAAGACGGUAGUCCAGCUGGGUAUGUCCGUGGAGGACUUGAUCAAGCAGAACAACGCAGUGGACAUUUACCAGGAGUACUUCACCAACGUAACCACCGACCACACCUCCGAGGCGCCCCACGUCAAGACGGUCACGGUGUUCAAGGACCCCAACGCAAUCAAGCGCAGCGCCUCCUACGUCAACUGGCACCCCGACGGCGCCGUGCCCAAGGUCGUCAUCUCCUACUCCAUCUUGCAGUUCCAGCAGCAGCCCGCUGGCAUGCCGCUCAGCUCCUAUAUCUGGGACGUUAACAACCCCAACACGCCGGAAUACGAGCUGGUUCCAACCAGCCAGAUCUGCUGCGCCAAGUUCAACCUCAAGGACAACAACCUGGUCGGCGCGGGCCAGUACAACGGCCAGAUGGCGUAUUUCGACGUGCGCAAAGGCACCAGCCCCGUGGAGGCCACCCCCAUUGACUACAGCCACCGUGACCCCGUCUACGACUUUGCCUGGCUGCAGUCCAAGACCGGUACUGAAUGUAUGACUGUGUCCACGGACGGCAUGAUUUACUGGUGGGAUAUCCGCAAACUGGCAGAGUCGGUUGAGAGCAUGCCGCUCAAGGAAAAGAACUCGGAAAACAUGGUGGGCGGCGUCGUACUCGAGUACGACACCAAUGCCGGACCCACCAACUUCAUGGUCGGCACGGAGCAGGGCCAGAUCUUUUCCUGCAACCGCAAAGCCAAGAACCCCGUUGACCGCGUCAAGUACGUCCUGUCUGGCCACCACGGCCCUAUCUAUGGCCUGCGCCGCAACCCCUUCAACUCCAAGUACUUCCUAUCCAUUGGCGACUGGACUGCGCGCGUUUGGGUGGAAGAUACCGCCGUCAAGACCCCCAUCCUCACCACCCGCUACCACCCGACCUACCUCACCGGCGGUACCUGGUCCCCAUCCCGACCUGGUGUGUUCUUCACCAUCAAGAUGGACGGCGCGCUGGACGUCUGGGACCUUUACUACAAGCACAACGAGCCCACGCUCACGGUGCAGGUCUCUGACCUAGCGCUCACCGCCUUCGCGGUGCAGGAGUCCGGCAGCACUGUGGCGGUCGGCACCAGCGACGGCUGCACGUCGGUGCUGCAUCUCAGCCAAGGCCUGUCGGAGGCGGCGCCGUCGGAGAAGUCUGCUAUCAGCGCCAUGUUUGAGCGCGAGCAGACGCGGGAGAAGAACCUGGAGAAGGCGAUCAAGGAAGCCAAGGUCAAGGCGCGCAAGGAGAUGGCGCGCAAGGACGAGGUGACGGACCGUGUGACGGAGGAGCAACUACGGCAGCUGGAGGAUGAGUUUUUUAAGGCCACGGGGUCCAGCCAGGCGCUUGCGGGGAGCGCAUCGGCCGCGGAUGUGGCUGCGGAGUGA